UCCAGUAAGUAAAAAACUGCAAAUGGAAAUUAUAAUUCGAAAACGUAAAAAAAUAUGUUAAAUACACUACUUAAAUUAUAACAAGGAAACGUUAUCUAAAAAUGAUGAUAAAUAUUGUGCAGCACAUUUAAUUACUCAUUUUGAACGAAAUUCAGUGAAUUACAAAAUGCUACAUUCGAAAAAAGUCACUCAAGGUAUCAAGUUUAAUUAAUAUUUAUCUUAAUUAGCUCCCAGUUCCUGCACAAAAUGAAAGACAUUAACUCGAUCUUGGUGGCGUUGUGUGUAAUUUUAUUCAAUUCUCAAACCUCUUGUGCCCCAAUUGAAGACAACAGUUUAAUUCUAGUACACGUUCUUUUCAGACACGGGAACCGAACCCCAUCCCCUGAGGAAUUGUACCCCAAAGACCCUUAUCUCAAUGAAAAGUACUUUCCCUUCGGGUUGGGCCAACUCACUAAUGCUGGCAAAAAACGCGAAUUCAUGAUUGGGAAAGCGCUCCGAAAUCGCUACAAUAAGUUUUUAGGGCCGUACUACUACCCAGAAAUUGUUGAAGCAAGAAGUACUGACGUUAACAGGACUAAAAUGUCAUUGGAACUCGCCCUUGCAGGGUUAUUUCCCCCACGAGGCGAAGAAGUCUGGAAUUAUUGGUUAAACUGGCAACCAGUGCCUUACAAUUACGUCCCCCAAACCGCUGAUACCGUUUUGCAAGGAACAACAUGUCCAAAUUUCGUAAAAAAAAMCACCGAAUUUGUKCAGUCUGGACGAGGACAGUCCAAACUCUCCAARUACACAGAAGUGUUAGAUUACAUUUCACACAACACUGGACUUAACGUUACAACAUUUGAGGACGUGUACAACUUAUAUUUCGGGUUGACGACUGAAGAAGAGUGGGGUUUCGAAUUGCCCGAAUGGACGCAAAAAGUUUGGCCURAAACCAUCACAGAAUUGGCCAUAAACGAGUACUACACUCAAACAGCAACCACYGAACUUAUGCAAAUGUCGGCUGGGUAUUUUCUGCAAAAAAUACUCCAGGAUUCGUACUCAAAAAUCAACAAUACAAAUUCCGGCCGAAAAAUUUACUUGUAUUCGGCCCACGAGAACAACAUUGCGAAUCUUUUAAUUUUGUUGGGGGUUUUUGAACCACCCCAUAUCCCAAAUUAUGGGGCCUACGUGCUUUUGGAACUCCACAGUGUGAAUAAUAAGUACGGGAUUAAGAUAUUUUACGAAAAUUAUCAAGAAAGUAAACCACGACUCUUGAAAAUCCCACACUGUGACAGUUUUUGUAAAAUUGAUCAAUUUGCGAGUCUAUUUGAAGAAUACAUGCCUGAUGCUAACUUAUGUCUGUAAAAAUAAAUAAAUAAAAUUUGUCCACUUGUUUUUUGAG